UUUUUCUUUUAAUGUUAAUCACUACGCGUGUUCCUCGUUUCCCUCAUUGUAAAUUGACAGCCUCUCGACGUUGUUGUUCCGGAGUUUACAUAACCUUUCCAAGAAGUUCAAGAUGCAAAGAAUCUUUGAAUCACGAAGAACUGUAAGUGAAAGAUAAAUUGCAAGUAACAGAGAAAGACCCGAAUACUUCGAACAAAGCCGCAGAGAUACUGGAUGCUGCAUUGCAUGACAUCAUCGUGUAUCGCUAGCACGUGCAACUUUUGUCAGAUCAGUGUUGUUUUAGGUUCCUUAAACACCCCAUUAACAACCGGCUGAGGUUUAUUCACGUUCCUUUGUGACUGUCCCAGAAACUUUCGUCAUGAGAGAAUGCAUAUCUAUUCAUGUUGGUCAAGCCGGGGUUCAGAUGGGCAAUGCAUGCUGGGAACUUUAUUGUCUGGAACAUGGCAUUCAUCCCAACGGUCACAUGAUCUGUGACAAACCCAAUAUCAUUCCAGACAACGGGGACGAGUCGUACAACACUUUCUUCAGCGAGACUAGCGCCGGAAAACAUGUACCACGUGCUAUUUACGUUGAUCUGGAACCGAGUGUAGUGGAUGAGGUUCGAUGCAGCAACUACAAACAACUGUUUCACCCGGAACAGCUGAUCAGUGGGAAAGAGGAUGCUGCGAACAAUUACGCCAGGGGGCAUUAUACUGUCGGCAAGGAGAUAGUGGACUUGGUGCUAGACAAAAUUAGGAAACUUGCGGACCAGUGCACCGGCCUCCAGGGUUUCCUCGUCUUUCACAGUUUUGGAGGCGGAACAGGAAGUGGUUUUUCUUCCUUGCUGAUGGAAAGACUUUCAGUUGAUUAUGGAAAGAAAUCUAAACUGGAGUUUGCUGUUUACCCGGCUCCUCAGAUAUCCACUGCUGUCGUGGAACCGUACAACUCCAUCCUGACUACACACACUACACUGGAACACUCAGACUGCGCCUUCAUGGUCGAUAACGAGGCUAUAUACGAUAUAUGUCGGAGAAAUCUAGACAUUGAAAGACCCUCCUACAAAAAUCUUAAUCGAUUGAUUGGUCAAAUUGUCUCCUCCAUUACAGCCUCGCUUCGAUUUGACGGCGCACUUAAUGUUGAUUUGACCGAAUUUCAAACGAAUUUGGUGCCGUAUCCCAGAAUUCAUUUUCCUCUGGUGACAUAUGCACCAAUCGUUUCAGCUGAGAAGGCGUUCCACGAGCAAAUGUCGGUGCAAGAAAUCACCAACGCCUGUUUCGAGCCCAAUAACCAGAUGGUGAAGUGUGAUCCGCGCCACGGGAAAUACAUGGCGUGCUGCAUGUUGUAUCGUGGUGAUGUUGUUCCCAAAGACGUGAACGCCGCCAUAGCCGCCAUCAAGACCAAGCGAUCCAUAGAAUUCGUGGACUGGUGCCCCACGGGAUUCAAAGUGGGCAUCAACUAUCAACCUCCGACCAUAGUACCAGGUGAUGAUCUCGCACAGGUCAAGAGAGCCGUGUGUAUGCUGAGCAACACCACCGCCAUAGCCGAGGCGUGGUCCAGACUGGACCACAAGUUUGACCUGAUGUACUCUAAGCGCGCAUUUGUCCACUGGUAUGUCGGGGAAGGUAUGGAGGAGGGGGAAUUUUCGGAGGCGCGUGAAGAUCUCGCGGCCCUUGAACGAGACUAUGAAGAAGUUGGAUUGGAUUCUGUGGAAAACGGCGAAGAAGAGGAUGAAACUGAGGAAUAUUGAAAUCCGGAGUGGACCAACUUUACAUCUUUUAUGUUGUAAAAUCAUUCGAGCCUUUCUCAUUUGUACGCUUAACUUUAAUUUAUUUUAUGAUGUAUUUAUUGUACAGUACUGUCUGUACACAGACUCUUUAUGCUCAAAUGAACGCGAAUGACCGUAGAUCUAUUGAUUGUGAAUUUAGUAAUAAACAUUACCAUAGUAA